AUGGAGGUCCAAACCUACUAUCCUGCAACCCUCGGGCUGAUCCCUCGAGAGAAGCCGUAUCCUCACGUGCUCUACCUCUCUUCGGGGGCAUCAAUUCCACCGUGGUCGCCCAAUGUUGAGCCCCUCAGUCCCGAAUGGCCUGAAACCGUGGAAGAUUACCGACAGAGAGCAGCAUGGGUAGCAUCGUCUGAUAUUUCGGAUAUAUCGAUGGCCGUCAUGCUGGACCGACUUGCUGCAGAGGCGAGUGGUGCAGAUGCGAGUGAUGCAAAUGUGGGUGGUCCUUCCACCGCUCCAGCUGAAAAGCCUCCUCCACCUGACAAACCUGUUACGGUGGAAGAAAUCUUGGAUCAGCUUGCUUCGAGUUCGAGUGCUCCUUCCACCAUCUCACAUGCGAAAUCUCCUGCCACUCACGAAUCUGUCAGCCUCGAUGUCUUUUUAUCAGAUCCACGAGUGCGUGAAGCGUUACCGAAGAUUCGAACGCUUCCUCUUAGGAUACGCGGCACCGAACACAUCCGCGUUGUCGACAACAGGCGCUGCGAAGUCGACCUUUGUAUCGACGAGACAUUAGCUUUGUCCGGCUUCGACCAGCUUCCCGUGAAAUCGUACCUAGGACGUGGGCUUUAUCGAAGAUACACACUUCCUGCGACGUCGUUCGAGACAUGCCCUCCCAAAAUCAACAAUGAUGCCCUGGUCAUCGCAGGGUAA